AUGGCGGAUCAUCACAAGCUUCAUGUGGUGAUGUUCCCUUGGCUUGCACACGGCCAUAUAACACCCUUUCUAGAGCUGGCCAAGAGGCUCCUCAGUUAUGGCUUCAGAAUUUCCUUUGUCUCCACUCCGCUUAACAUUGCACGGAUCAAACAGCAGAUAUUGCAAUCAGAGCCAACGCCUGGAAUUGAGAUGGUGGAGCUCCCCAUGCCAUCUGUGGACGGCCUGCCCAUCGGCAUUGAAUCCACGACAGGUUUAUUCGAAAUAGGAAGAACAGACUUAAUACCGCUGCUCUUUCAAGCCCUAGAUCUUUGCGAACAUCCCUUCGGAGCGCUGCUGAAACUGCUUUCCCCAGAUUUUGUCAUACAUGAUGUGACGCUGUGCUGGAUUCCUAGGGUUGCCGCCAAGCUGGGUAUUCCAACGAUAAAUUUCAUGAGUUUUAACGCGGCGACCAUGAGUUUCAUGAUAGGUUAG